AUGGGGCAGCGUGAAUCAUUCUCGGAAAUCGAUGUCCGAAAAAUCAACAAGUUGUAUAGCUGUCCAUUGAAGCCGGACCAAAAAACCGUGCCAACGAAAAAACCGGAACGCAAGAACAUCGAUGAUGACUCCGACGAUGAAGAAUUUUCGACUCUGAAGCCAACCGCAAUACCAUUUAAACCGGAUGAAGAAUGCGUGGACAAAAGCUGGCGCUGUACAAUUUGGUUAUUAUCAUUUUUCAAUUACUGCGAAUUGUACGACGAAAUCGCCAAUGAGAUAUGUCCAAAAUCGUGUGGUACUUGCUAUCGAGUACAGCAAAAGAAAACAACACCAACAACGACAGUGCCUCCGACAACAACAAAACUAAUUGUUACAACCAGUACUCCGGCUACUACGACGACAAGUGAAGUUAGCACCACUACUACUGCCACUCCAAAGAGUACAGGUAUGCGAAGAUUUUUUGGAAGAAAAUUAAAAAGACAAAGGAAAUUUGAAAUUUAUAGUGAAUAUUAG